AUGAGCUUCAAGCCGUACGCCGCCGACGCUCCAGCGGCAGUAGACCGCGCCCUCAAGCGUCCGCACUUGAUCGAGCGUGUCCUUCACAGCUCCUACGCCUCGUCUUCUCUGCUCUUUAUUGGCUCUUCGGAUGGCACUUUACGCAGUUACGAAAUGGACGAGCGGGCAAGUAUCGCACGCUGGCAAGCAACUCACAAGCGGCUUUUCCACGGGUCUUGCGCCUUUCUGGACCGCUGGGGCGUGUUUAUUACGAUUUCGGACAGCCGUGUGAAGGUCUUUGACUUGCCGUUGCAGGUAGGAGACGGCGGCAUGACAGUAGACGACACGAAGGGUGCUGUGCUCUUUGCGGUCCACGAAGAGGUCAAGACGCUCUGUGUGUUACUUCAAUCCAGUAUGCUCAAGGUCUUUGACUGGAAAGAGAACGAGGUGCUGCAGGUCCGAGUACAGCAUGAGCUCAUGGACAAUCUACGGCCCGUGCAGCAGCUGGUGACGCUGAGUGAGAGGCACGUGUUUGUCCAGGGGAAGAAGGACUGGGGGGUGCUGGAUCUAAACAGUGGUAGAAUGCUGGAUGUGCGAGACGUGAAGCAGCAGGUGGAUGCUGCAUUUGAGGGAGGGAAAAGAGUCUGUGAUGCAGUGCCGCUACCUAGUCGGCACUUGGCUCGACGACGGCAGCAUGUGAUGGAUUUAUUGCUGUGUGGCAAACGUCAGGCGAUGAUUGUAUGGAUUAGCGAGUGUGUCAAGACGAAAAAUGGAGCAAGUGAAGAGAAGGAUGAGUACGGAGCUUUUCGCGACAAGGUGCUCGCGACAGAUGACACAGGUCACGGCGAAACGUUGGAUAUGUCGAGUAGCCGAUUGUGUCUGAAGGUAGAGAGAGUCAUCGAGUACGACAUGGCGCCGCGUUGGGUUUUUUAUCAUCACCCAUUCUUGCUGCUUGACCAGAUGGAGCAUGUUGCGGUGUACAACUUUCGCACUUUGCGAAUCGUUCAGACCAUUCCAGUGAAGGCGCUUUACGGACUUUGUGCUGCAAGAAAUGUCGUGUCUACGACGAUGAAACCAAGUGCGGAAAUUAAAGACGAUUGCUCGGCGACUUUGAUCACCGUGUCACCACCAUUUGAUAUCCGGACACACCUAAUGGUACCGGUUGCGCAGCAAAUUGCUUCGUCUAUGGGAAACCUCCAUCUUGAAAAUGCUGUCGCGCUCUGCAAGCUUUGUCCGGACGAGAGCCCUCUGAGUGACACUGAGCAACGGAAGCUGUAUGCGGAGUACAGCUUCGAGCUGUUUUGGUCGGCUCGUCGAAGGGAAGCGGUCGAUCUAUUCAUUGAAACCGACGUCGACAUCAUGGAAGUACUGUUACUUUUUCCACAAAAUUUGCUUCCCCGCAAGGCUAGCGCCCUACGUAAAGCCAACAGUAUUACCAACAAAGAACGCGUCAUUGACGAUGGAGAUCUACUGGACAGUCUGUUCGCGCUCAUUUGGUUUCUGCGCCGUAAACGGAAGGCUUGUCUUCAUUCGGAAAAGGACAUUUCAUCGGCGGGAACACACUCAUGUCGCAGCCUUACUGCUCCUGAAGAGAGUGCACUCGAACUCAUCGACACCAUGUUAGUCAAGUGUUUUGCAGUGGUGGCUGAGCAGGCAGAGUAUGCAAAACAAGCUAAGCAUGCACUGCUCGAGUUGGUAAAAUGCCAGAAUUGGUGUGACAUUGGUGAGGCUGAGGUUUUUCUUCGAGCACAUCAACAGUUCAAGGCACUGCUCGCGUUUUACUCUGCUCGGAGAUUGCAUCGUAAGGUGCUUGAGCUGUUGGAAGGCCUUGAGCGCAGUGCGGCGUCAGAGGCUGUCUUGUUUGAACAGAGCGAAACAGACCGGGACGAGGAACAACUGCAAAGCUCAGGAGAUUCGCAAUCAUCACAUGACUACAUGGUACUUAUCGCGCAGUACCUUCGAACACUAGGCAAAAAGCAUGCUGAACUAGUUUUCGAGUUCUCACGACGUAUCUUGUCGGAAAACCCCGCGCUUGGGCUAUCGAUCUUUACACAGCGCGAAGUACCCGACGUGACGACGGACAUCGAUCCAGCUAUGGUACUCCAGCACCUCAAGAGUUCUCCCAUCGCUUUUUCAGGCUCUGACUUGACCUCACCGAAGCAAAUCGUCGACGAUGUGGCAAAACCCGUUCUUCCAUUAACUAGCAGCCGAUUGCUGGCGAUCGAGUAUCUCACACAACUUAUUUAUGAGAAAUCGCGUCAGCUGACACCGCGGUUGCAUGACGAAGUGGUGUAUCUUCUGCUGGAUUCGAUUCAGGCCGAGACGCCGCAACGGCAACGUCUCACCAGUCGUGUCGAAGCACAAGGUGGUGUGACAGGACUGUUACGCCGCAAGUUGCUACAAUUUCUCGAGUUUCCUGGAGCUGCCUAUCAUCCAGAACGUAUGUUAAGCCGCACACCUAUCGAGAUGGUGAGUGAACACGCAGCGCUUCUUUCGAAACUUGGGCGCCAUCGCGAAGUGUUGCAGUUCUAUGUUAUCAAGUUGAGAGAUGCAGCUUUGGCCGAGGCAUAUUGCGAUCGGUGCUACGAAUCGAAGGCGGCUGAUUCUUCUAUCUACUCGACUCUGCUACAAAUCCACUUGCGGCCACGAUGCCACAUGGAUAGUCUAGCAUCCGAUACUGCGUCACCCGUCAUCUGUUCCCAGCACCCACCUUUGUCGAGGUUUUCCAGCUCUGGCUUGCACAUUGAGGCUGUGAACGCUGUCAUCAGCUUGCUGAACAAAUACGCUGAACGGAUUGAUGUGCCAACGGCUCUCGAAUUGUUGCCAAUCGACGUCGCCGUGUCGCCUUUGGCGUCCUUCUUCCGUCGUGUUCUUGAGCGCCAGGUUGAGCGUUAUCGUAACGGACAAGUGAAGAAACAACUGUCAAAAAUGGAGAACUUCAAGGUUCGAGAGCAGCUUUCUGCAAAAAGAAAAGGGUCCGUUACAGUGUGGUCCUCGCAGUGCUGCGGAUCUUGCGGUAAACAGCUUGGUGUUGGGACCUUCGUGCGUUUACCCAAUGGAAACCUGCUGCAUUAUUCUUGCCAGUCCAUCCAGUAG